AUGAGCUUCCUACCAGGAUUAUGGCACCUCCAAUGCACUCUCAUCGCAUUUGUGCUCAUCUUGAUUGAUGCCAGUAACGCGAACACGCUUGUCGCCCGUCAGUCCGAUGGCGCAACCGGCGCGUCAGCCUUUUUGAGAAGGGGCUAUCACGCAUGGGACUACGUGUACAUUGAUGGCGGAGAAUUCGCGACAUAUGACAAUGGCAAGGUCCAGCACGAAUUCUCAAACACACUCCUCUCCAUCGACCUCUCGAAGAACUGGACCAACUCGACCGUAACGCUGCACUCGACCAGCAAACCGACGUCGGUCCCCUCGCUCGUCCAAGGCGGCCUCUGGUACGACUCAUCCGCCAACCUCAUCUACACCGGCUUCGCCGGGCGCACCUCCUUCCUGAACACCUCGGAGCUCGACCCCUGGCCGCUAGGCAUAUGGACCUUCAAGCCCGACGGCCUAGGCAGCGGGACGUGGGGCACGGCGCUCGCCUCGACCGACUCGGCCUUCGACAGCAUCACGCGGCCGCACCUGGCGGCCGUCGCGCACGGCAACGGCGUCGGUUACGCGCUCGGCGGGUCCAUCAAGACGGCGCAGGACGACAUCGUGGGCAGCGACCUCGUCAACCUCGACGGCAUGCUCCGCUUCGACAUGGCGACCAAGGAGCUGACGAACGUGACGGUCGAGGGCCCGCGCUUCCACAACGGCCACCUGCAGCACGCGCAGAUGGUCUACGUGCCGAACUUCGGGCCCGACGGCGUCUUCGUGGUGCUGGGCGGUGUGAAGACGAGCCCGCAGACGGACGCGUUUGACUGGGGGACCGUGUCGGUGUUCGAUCCGAAGGAAGGGAAGUGGUAUGACCAGGAGACGACGGGGAAUACGCCGCUGGCCAGAAAGGAGUUCUGCACCACGGGGCUGGCGUCGGACAACAAGACGUAUGAAAUAUUUGUCUAUGCGGGUUGGGGCGGAGACCUGGGCACAGCCAGCAUUCCGUAUGAUCAGAUCUACAUCCUGACGCUGCCGGCCUUCCACUGGAUCAAAGUCGACUACACACCGACUCACACCCGACACGCUCUGACCUGCCACCCUGUAGGUGGAAGCCAGAUACUUACCAUCGGGGGUGUUAACUCCGCCUCCGAAGACAACAGUGGCACUAUCUACCAAUCGACCUUCGAUGACAAGGACGAGUAUACCCAAGGACUGGCCAUCUUUGACCUGAGCACGCUGGAGUGGAAGGAUGAAUACAAUGCGAAUGCCAGCCCAUAUACCCAAAGUAGUUUGGUCCGGACGUUCUACUCGCAGAAGCAUGUCCCUCCCACCACAGAAUGA